AUGAAGCAAGAAGAGCAUAAAAAUGUUUCUACUCUGAGUAGUCGCCAUAAUGAGAUUCUAAAAGAGAAGAAAGUUCAUUGGCAUUCUCAAGAAUAUACAGAUGAGUAGCGAAUUCCUGUAGAUAAAUGCGAAUUGUCUCCAGAAUUGAUCAACGAUAAAGAAAAAAUUAACAAUAAAAUAGAUUCAAUAAAUACUAAAAUAAAUGAAUGUAUAAAGUUACAGCAGCAAUCUUGGAAAUUUACAACCUUUGAAGCAAAUCAAUUUUUGAAAAACACAAACGAUAUGAUUCAAAGAUAUCUGAGUUUUCUUUAGAUAGUAUAAGAUUUCUAUGAUAAUCAUCCUGAAAUUGCAAAACUGUUAAAUGAGAAUAUAAAUCUGAAAAAAGAUUAAGAUUAUUUUGGGGACUUGCUAAAUAAAUACUAGUAGCAAGCAGAUCUUUGGUACGAUAAAUUAAAAUAUAAUCUCACAUAUAGAAACGAGCUAUAGGAUAAUUUAAAAUCUAAAAAAAAGAAAGCUAGUUAAUUGUUAAUAUCUAAAAUUAACUUAGAAAGAAUUUUAAAUUCUAAAAAAUAUUUUUUGAAGAAUGAAGGAUAAGAAAAAAGUUUAAGAAGAGGUAGGAGUAAUUAUUCUUAAAAUGGGAAUGAAAAUUCUUUAUCUAUUCUUCAUCGUUCUUUGUCAAGCAAGAAGAAAAAUUUGAAUCUCUCAAGUAUUAUUACAUCAACGAAUGCUUCUUAAAAUAAAUUAAGUGUAAAUGAUUCUAUACUAGGAGGCUGCAUAUUUCCUAGUAUUACUCCAAAAGCUGUAAAUAAUAAAAUUAAAAGCUCAUUUAUUUUAGACAGGUCUUUAAAAAAGUAAAGAAGCUAAAGUAAAUAACCUAAUAGUCCUUAAUAAUUGUAAAAUGAUAAGACCUUCUUAACUUUGAGUUAAAAUGGUAAAAUAAAUAGUGAGAAUAAUUUUAAUAAAUAUUUAAAUGUCUAAAUGGAUAAGAAAUUCUUAUAAGUAAAUAAUGGUGUAUUAUAAAACCAAGCAGUAGAUACCUAUAAAAAUAUUUGUAAAACUGAAAUGGAUGUAUCUCCAAUUGUAAAGAGUGCUAAAAAAUAAUUAGAAACUUUAGAAAAAGUAUUUAAAAUUCCAAAACCAAAUGGAGAAUACGCUCUAAGCUCAUACAAUAACUUAUCAUAUUUGAGAGAUAAAAGAAAGGAAAUGAAAUAAAGAUUAUUAUAAAAUAAAUCUUAAAUUAAUCAAUCUUUGUCUUCUCUUAUUAACCAAUCAAAGUUUGAAGAAUUGAGUAAAUCUGAACUUAUUUAGCAAAAUAAGAAUAGUAGAUACUAUAAAUAAGCUACAUGCGAUCAAGAUUCAAUUUACAAACUAAAUAAAGUGAGCACAAGUUCUAUGAAUACUUAUCAAAACACGUAAGAAAAAGCCCUUAGAAUAAAUGAUAAUUCUGUUUCUUUUAUAGAUUAAAGUGAUAUCAAAAGUACGAUUGUUUUGAAUGAAAACGAAGAUUUGAAUCAGUAGUAUUAUCAAGAAAUUAACGUUAUAAAUGGCUAAAUUAAACAAUAAAAAGAAGAAAUUAAAUAAAAGUAUAAAUAAUAUUUAGAAAAGUCAAGAUAGUUUUACAGGAUAGAAUAUUUUUUUUAAGAAUGUUUAGAAUGCUCUGAAAAGAAUAUGAUGAAAAAAAUAGAAAAUUUGUAAUUGAAUGGAUUUGAAUUAAACAAUGAUAUGGAGAAUCUCUUAGACAUUUUAGAUAAAUAUGAUGACUAAGGAGGUGUGAAAAACAUUUUAAGUAAAUAAGGUUAAAAUAUAUUGAAUUAAUUGCAACCAUAAGAAUUAAAAUACUAGCUUGAUAAUUAAAAAAAUAUGGAAUAUCAAUAAUUUAAAAAUUUAACCACAAAAUAAUUAUUAUUUUCAAUAUGUAGAAGUAGUUAAAUGAAAAUGUUUUUAACGAAAUAUCUUAACUUCAAAAAAACUCAGACAAAUAGCUUAGUAAACGAAAUCAAAAAGUUAAUGAAUCAGUAUUAAGAUUUAAAGUAGUCUAAUAAAACUAAAUAUAUUCAAAGCAACUUCCUCUAAUAGAAUAGUUUUAAUUUAUAGAAAAUAGAAUCAAAUUAAGAAUUAAGUAUUCAGUAUAAAAAUUGA